AGUUGCUGAAUCGACGCUUUUCCAUUGCUGGCAUGGGGGCGGAGUUUGCAGAGCUGUCUCCGCCGCCGCCUUGGCGGAAAGGAGCCCAGCUAGCGAGGGACCCGUUCAGAGAAGUACCUCUGAGAUACCUGGGCUAUGCCAAUGAAGUGGGAGAGGCAUUCCGGCACAUGGUGGGGGUGAGGUGGGUCUACCUGACCUACCUCGUGUCCAGCAGCUACGUGGCUGCCCAUGCCCUCCAGCAGGGAGUUCGAGCCAGCAGACCUACCAGUCCACAUGGUGGAAUUGUUAAGACCUUGCAUGAGUCACAUGUGACUAAGUCAGGUGCAGUGGUGGACACGCUAGUAUGGCAAGGAUUAGCAUCUGUUGUUGUUCCUGGAUUCACCAUCAACCGAGCAUGUGCCUUGACUCGCCUGCUGCUGAGACAGAGAGUGAUUCAGCGACAGAUGGCGAUGUCGCCGGCUCUACAGAGAUGGACUGUGACUGCUGUUGGUCUGGGGUGUAUCCCUUUCAUUAUUCAACCGAUUGAUAGAUUGGUAGAUAGAUUCAUGGACCGUUUUGGAAGACCAUUUCUCAAGAAUUUCCUACCCUAAGGCAGCCUCACUUGUCAUAAUAUAUCACACACACACCCCCGCCCCGUCAUCAGCAGUCAAACAAUCAUGAUCGUAAUUCUGUUCCAUUUAUGCGGCAUGCGCGAGUUGUUGGAAAAUUUCAAUAUUUUCUGCGUGGUGACGUGGCGGCGUUGUCCCCUCUCAGGAUUCCAUACUCCCCUCUCUUCCUCACGUCGUUUUGUUUGCUGAUCUCGUCCUCAGCCAUCUUCCAGUACACUCUGUAGCCAUUACAAUGGCUAUGCCUCUUCAAUCGCGCUGGGAAGAGCUGAGGAAAGAGUCUCGGCGUUUGGAGAACGAAGUGGAUCAGAAACUGGUCUCCUUCAGUAAACUUGGCUCCAGCUACUCCCACAGAGACUCGAGUUCUGAUCCUGCACUAGGAGGAACCGGUCACGUCUUUGACACCCUCGCACUCGAAAUUGAGCAGCUUCUAGGCAAGCUGCGAAGAGUCAACAGCUCCAUGAACGAGUACGUCUCCAACCUCAACUCCAGUACCCCCACCACCACUCUCUACCACACUCUCCAGAGGCACAACGAGAUCCUGCAGGACUACGGCCAGGAGUUCAACAGAAUCAAAAGCAACAUCCUCGCCCAGAGACAGAGAGAAGAACUGUUAGGGUCAUCCAGGAAGGAGGGGUACAAGGGAUCAGCGCUGAACAGACGAACGGAGCUCUACCUAAAGGAGCAUGAACACAUUCAAAGUUCUGAUAAAUUGACAGAUGAAGCCAUCAGGUAUAGUCGAUAUGUGUUCAAUUGUAAAUUGUGGCGUCACGAUGUUAUUGUCGUCCAGUAUUGCCAUAUCAACCAAAGAAAACCUCUCGCGACAGAGGGACAUGUUUACUGGGAUGACCAGUCGAGUUGCAGCCAUGACUAGUAUCCUCACUCUGUAUAAUGGUUGGGUUAGGUUCGAAAUCUUCUUGACGUGUUUAUAUCACACAUCAAAUAUCAACCUGGGGGCAAGGCUGAUAAAUGAAAUAUCCUUGACUUUGCCCAGCUCGAUUUCCUCUGAUAAACAGUCUUGUUCAGAAGAUAAACCUUCGCAAACGCAGAGACUCACUCAUUCUAGGCGGAGUUAUUGCUGUAUGCCUCAUUGUGUUCCUGUUGCUAGCCUUCAGAUAAUAAAUGACAUCAUUACGCAUCUUGUGCUAUUUUUAGCACGGAAGUUUGCACGUUUACGGUCACAUGUGGGGCAUGUGACAUAAAGUUAUAAACACGCGAAUUUGUGAGCCAAAACACUCAGAAAUCGUUUUUGCGCUGCGACGAACAGACUGAGAGAGAUGGCAGCGAGAUCUUAUGGUGCUAAUGCCAGGAACCCCUUUGACGAUGACGACGGCCCGUCUUUCGGCGGCGGUAGUAGAAGCCGUGACAACCGCUCGGGCGGCGGAAAAGAUGGGUACGGCGGUAGGGACGACUACGGUGCGGGGAGGGGAGGAGGCUACAGCGCAGACAGGGGUAUAGACACAGAGAGGGAAGCGGGCGAGUAUAGGUACAGACACCAGUUGGCGAACCGUAGGAUGGAAGAAUCAUCCGCCCAGAGCCUUAGGACGCUCAACGAGUGUCUGAACAUGGGUUCGGACACUGCCGAGGAGCUGGAGCGGCAGGCGGAGGCUCUGGACCGGACGGAGAGGCGACUGGACGAGAUGCACGUGAACUUGGACAAGAGCAAACAGCACAUGCGACAUAUCAAGUCUCCGUUCGGAGGGAUAGCCAAUUACUUCGCUCGUAAGAAGAAAAUCAACGAGGUGACCGACCCCAAGAUGCCCAAGGGUUCUUCCCGAGGUUCUGAGAGCUCUGACCACUACAAAAGCUCCGCGAGUGCCGCACCCCCGCCGUCUGUGGCUGGGCUGAAGAGCACAGGGAACCAGGUCGUGGAUAAGAACUGUGAGGAGAUGAGUAAAGCUCUGCACCAGCUGAGGGGGGUGGGGGAGCUAAUCGGGGGACAGUUGGACGAUUCCUCGGCCCAGGUCGAUCGCCUCAACUACAAGAUGGACCGCAACGACAUGAAAAUAAAGGCAGUCAACAAGGAUAUACGAAGGCAGCUGUAGACUGUGUGUUAGCAACACCUGUGUAUGUAUAUCUACAUGUAUUAUCCCCAAAGGUUGUCUGUUUGCAUGUUGGUGCCAUGUAGCGCGACACGUAGUUUUUGUGUGUGCUUGCAGAAGUAAUGCCAGAUGUUUAUGACACACCUGAAAUAAUAAGGUUUGUUGAGUGAAAGAGCCACUCGUGCACCUGCCUGACUAACAAAGAUCCUUCUACACAACUUCCCUCCACCAGCUGAACGUUUUGGGUGACAUGCCGUAGUAUGUCACCCAGUCUCAUUACAGUCUUGAAUUCAGUCAGGUUCAUGGGGCAUUGGCGGUCCAGCUUGUUGAAGACGAGUAGGAAAGGCUUUUCUUUCAACGCCUCGUGUCUCAGUACGUCUAGCAGGAGGACGGUAGCCGCGGAUGUCUGCGUGCAAUUUGUGGCGUCGAUGACGUACACCACCAAGUCACAGUCGGAGUACGCCGCGCUCCAAACAGGCGCCAUAGCCCCGCCGUAUUCCUUCACAAGACAACUGACGUUCUUUCCCAGUUGCAGCUCUUCCACUGAGGUUCCCACGGUAGGCUGCGGGGGCACCUCUCGCGUAGCCCCCGAGUCUUCUAUCUCUCUUCCUCGUCCCUUUUCUCUCUCCAGGGACUUCAGUUUCCUAACCAGCAGCGAUUUCCCGGCUCCCCGGGGUCCCAAAACCAAGCACCUGCUCCCCCCGCG